CCGGCACGCAGCCGGAGGGACGCACGGCCCACGGGGUCCGGGCCCCGGGCGCGGAGCGCGUCGGCCGCGGGCCGGGUUCGUGCUUUCCAGACCCGGUUGGCCUCGGCGUCCCGGCGCACUUCCCCCAACCCAGCCUCCGGGUCCCCGGCCUCCUUCCCCAACGGCGCAGCCCCCUCCGGGAGCUGCCGGUCUGCAGGGAGGCUGCCUUCCGCUAUACCCCAUGUUACCCCAUCACCAGAAGAGUCUGGGCAGAGACUGGACUACACCGUGGGAGAAUCUGCAAAGGUGUUGCUGGAACAGACAUAUUUCUAGUUGUAUGAGGUGGCCUGGACAUUAUUCUCGUGCUCCUUACCCAUACUUCAGUAGUAGGCAUUUUUCACUAAAUUGGAGACCACCUUGUUUGUUUGAGUCUAGAACUCAGUUUCAGUACUGGAACUGGAGACCCGACAACCUGAGCCAGACAUCUUUGAUUCAUCUCUCUAGUUACAUCAUGAACUCUGAGGGAGAUGAGCCUUCAUCAAAACGAAGAAAACACCAAGGCACAAUAAAACGGCAUUGGGAAUAUAUAUGUAAUCAUAAUAAAGAAAAAACGAAGAUCCUAGGAGACAAAAAUGUUGAGCCCAUAUGUGAAGACAGUGAGAACAAGUUUGACUUUUCAGUGAUGUCCUAUAAUAUACUUUCUCAAGAUUUAUUGGAAGAUAAUUCACACCUUUAUAAACACUGCCGGCGGCCAGUAUUACACUGGAGUUUUAGGUUCCCCAAUAUUCUGAAAGAAAUUAAACACUUUGAUGCAGAUGUACUUUGUUUGCAAGAAGUUCAAGAAGAUCAUUAUGGAACGGAGAUCAGGCCAAGUUUGGAAUCAUUGGGUUAUCACUGUGAAUACAAGAUGCGGACAGGAAGGAAACCUGAUGGCUGUGCCAUUUGUUUCAAACAUUCCAAAUUUUCCCUCUUAUCAGUGAACCCAGUGGAAUUCUACCGCCGUGAUGUUCCUCUGUUGGACAGAGACAAUGUUGGAUUAGUGUUACUCUUGCAGCCCAAAAUUCCAAGUGCUGCCUUCCCUGUGAUCUGUGUAGCUAACACACAUCUGUUGUAUAACCCCAGGCGAGGUGAUAUUAAGCUGACCCAAUUGGCAAUGCUUCUGGCAGAGAUUUCCAGUGUUGCCCAUCAGAAAGACGGCAGCUUCUGCCCCAUUGUUAUGUGUGGUGACUUUAAUUCUGUUCCUGGUUCCCCACUCUAUAGUUUUAUAAAGGAGGGGAAAUUGAAUUAUGAAGGACUUGCCAUAGGAAAGGUAUCUGGCCAGGAACAGUCUUCACGGGGACAAAGAAUUUUAUCUAUUCCAAUUUGGCCCCCAAACCUAGGUAUCUCACAGAACUGUGUGUAUGAGGUACAGCAGGUACCAAAAGUAGAAAAGACAGACAGUGAUCUGACACAGACACAGCUGGACAAAACAGAGGUCCUAGUAACAGCUGAAAAGUUACCUUCACAUUUACAGCACUGUUUCAGCUUGUCAUCUGUUUAUUCACAUUAUUUUCCUGACACUGGAAUUCCAGAAGUGACCACCUGUCAUUCCCGAAGUGCCAUAACUGUGGAUUAUAUUUUCUAUUCUGCUGAAAAGGAAGGUGUUGCUGGGCAGCCAGGAGCUGAAGUCGCUUUGGUUGGUGGCUUGAAACUUCUAGCUAGACUGUCACUUCUUACAGAACAAGACUUAUGGACUGUUAAUGGACUUCCAAAUGAAAAUAACUCUUCAGAUCAUCUGCCUUUAUUGGCUAAAUUCAGACUUGAGCUCUGACUUGUCUUUGAUUACAUAUAUACUUUGUUUUCCCAUUUAUGUUCUUUUUCAAAGAAUGUAAAGUUGUUAAGAUUUUGCAUGUUAUUUAUUUUUGCGCUAUGGUGUAUCUGAAGAGGUUAUGUUAAAUGCUUGAAACAGGUAUCAGAAGAAACAAGUUUACAACAAUUUUCUUUUUUAAUAAUGAAAAAAUAUUUUCCUGACAAGUGAGAUCUAAAUGCUCUUUAUUGUAAAAGAGUUGUAAAUAUUUAUUCUAAAUGCCAGUAAAAUUGACAGUGAUUUUUAAA